AUGAUCACGUUUUCGUCAGGUCAAAUUUAUUCUCCUCCAUCGUUGAUAAUACCACCUCAAAUAAAUCUACUUCGCUUAUCGACGUUUCAUCAAGAUGUUCACAUCGAAGAAACAGAUAUCUAUUACAACGACAGUGUUCGACUCUACAUUGUAUAUGGAGGUUGUACACUAAGUCACUUACAACAAGAACAUGAAUUAAAACUUGUCUAUAGUAUUGAAGGUUACGGUAGUUUACUCCGCCAAGCAUGUGCAUUGAAAUUCGAAGAUGAUACGGUAUAG